AUGCCAGACAGAUCAAGUAAAGCUGGGAAGGGGAGUCGAAGACCCCGUUUAGAGCCCACUGAGAAACAGAGAGCUGACAUCAAGGAAGCAUUUGACCUCUUCGAUGCUGAGGGCACAGGAACGAUUGACGCAAAGGAAGUGAGAGUGGCCUUGAGAGCCUUGGGAUUUGAACCGUCGAGAGAUGAACUGAAGAGGCUUAUUGCAGAAGUUGAGCGGAAUAGAAAAGUUGCAAGGAAUAACGAGGGAGCGGAUAAGCAAAGAAACAGUACGAGUGUUCAGACCUCAGACAUCGUUCGGCUAAUCCAAAGCUUAUCCAUGAUGUUGGAUGGCAUAGGUCAUCAGGCGGAGCCUGCUACUUGUUUACCUGCCAUCAAACAGGCCAGUUAA